CCUUUAUGAGGUAAAUGUCUACAUAAAUCAAAAUAAAAUAAACCUAGUUUUAUAUUGUGAUCUAAAUAUAGGUGGUUUUGAAUUAAAUCAAAUGGGUGUGAAUUAAAGAAAAUAAUUGGAAAUUAGAGUUAGAUGUUGCAAUAUGGAUGCUUACCGACCAUACAGAUUUUCUAGCGCAAGUUCAGCGUCCCCAGAAGACUUGUUAGAAAAUCCUCAUAAAGAAAUUGAGCUAGAAGAACCAACUGGGACGGCUCAACAACUAGGAUUUGGAAAUGGUAUUAACACUGCACCAAACCACACUGAUGUAAAUCUCGGUGACCUUCACAGGACUAAAGACCAAACUUAUCUCAACAAUAGCGAUGGUGAUGACUUAGAUGAUGAUAGGUCGGCAAGUGAUAAUCAUGAUACACCGGGAAAUUCCUCAGGAAGUUACGAUGCUACGCAUGGAGUUGUUGACGAUACUGACUAUGGCCCACAUGUUGCUGUACUUACUGUUGGUGACGCCACAGAUCCCUAUUCUGAUCAACAUGCUCCGACUGAUCAGGAUACAUCUUCUCGAAAUUUACAAGAUAUGUGGUCACCUGGUCACCAGGAAGGACACGCCAAGAUUGUAUACGCCGAUGCCUCUACUUUCGACGGAUCUGAGAUGUCAACAGGGUUUUUAAGGUUAACAAGGAGAUCUAAAGAAAAUGUCAUCUUGGCUGAUAUAGGUACCUCAACAACUGAUCAUGAUGAGGUCCAUGAUGAAAACAAUAUGUUGACGUCAUUUGGUCCGCCUGAAACUGUCCAACCAGCUGUGCCUAUACCUAGUCAUGUGACUCAAAGCCAUGGUGACCAUGAUCACGUGAAACAACGUAACGUUGACUUAAAUGACGUGAGCUUAAGAUUGCAGCAUAGAAGUAAAACCGACACAGUGUUGUCAAAACCAUCUUCGCCGAAACUAAAUUGGAGAUUUUGUUUUACUUUAACAACAUUAAUAUUUGUAGUCAUGUUGGUGCUACUGGCGCUAUUGUUCUUAAUGUUCACCAGGGCAUCAAGCUUUAACCAAAGCUACCACAACCCAAAAUGCGCAGAAGGCAGACAUGUCAUCGUGCAUCUUUUUGAAUGGAAGUGGACGGAUGUUGCCUUGGAGUGCGAGCGAUUCUUGGGGCCUAAAGGAUUCUGUGGAGUUCAGGUGUCUCCACCAAACGAGCAUCGAGUUAUAACUGACCCGAGCUACCCCUGGUGGCAGAGAUAUCAACCAGUCAGCUACCUCCUGCACAGUCGCAGUGGCAAUAAGACGCAAUUCAGGGAUAUGGUUGACCGAUGUAAUGCCGUAGGUGUAAGAAUCUACGUUGACGUUGUCAUCAACCACAUGGGUGGCCACAAAGGAAUAGGAAGUGCAGGAAGUUCAUUUGACUCGAAUCGAUUGCUUUUCCCGGCAGUUCCUUUCGGCCCCAAUGACUUUAGCUGUUGCGAAUGCGAUGCUUGUAAAACAGCCUCUUGCAACAUCGAAAGCUAUUCGGACGCGCAACAAGUUCGGAAUUGUCGCCUUCUGGGGCUUAUAGAUUUAGCACUGGCAAGGGAUGAAGUCAGGCGAAAAGUUGCAGGUUACCUUAAUCAACUUAUCGAUAUUGGUGUUGGAGGAUUUCGAGUAGAUGCCGCUAAACACAUGUGGCCAGAUGACAUGAAAACUCUCUUUGCAUCUUUACAUAAUCUGAAUACUAAAUGGUUUCCCAUUGGCUCUCGUCCUUUUGUUGCCAUGGAAGUCAUUGACAAUGGAGAGCAUGAACCAAUCAGGGCAUCAGAGUAUAUUCAACUAGGAAGAGUGACUGAAUUUAAAUACGGCGCACAUUUAGGAAAAGCAUUUCAAAAACGAUAUCCUCUCAAGGAUCUAAAAACAUUCGGAACAUCCUGGGGAAUGUUAGAAUCCAAGGAUUCUCUAGUUUUUAUUGAUAACCAUGAUAACCAGCGAGGUCACGGUGGAGGGGGUGACGUUCUGUCCUUCUAUUCUCCAAGACAAUACAAAAUGGCCGUAGCGUUCAUGUUAGCCCAUCCACACGGUGUUCCUCGCCUAAUGAGUAGUUAUAGCUGGGAUGGUGGCCCCGCAGAUAACGACUGGAUGGGCCCUCCAGCCAACACAGAAGGCCGAACCAAAGAUAUCACAAUCACGAAAGGGCAAUGCGAUGACCGAUGGGUUUGCGAACAUAGAUGGCCACAGAUUGUCUUAAUGGUGGCCUUCCGUAAUGAAGUAGAUGGUACAUCUAUUGACAAUUGGUGGGACAACGGUGGUCACCAGAUAGCGUUCAGUAGAGGAAACAAAGGAUUCCUAGCUAUAAACAAUGAAAACUUCGACAUGAAUGUAAGGAUCAAAACCGGUCUCCCUGCGGGCAAGUACUGUGACAUAAUGUACGGUUACCCAACUGAUUACGGAUGCUCUGGAAGUACAGUCGUCGUGGACAGUGAAGGAUUUGUUAAUGUUCAGAUUGGAACCACUUUAGUUGAUCCAAUGUUAGCAAUACAUACAGGUGCUAUGUAUGGUACUGGGAGUAGUAGUACUGAUUAUGAGAUAGACUUCCCCUCACCACUACCGUCAACACCUGGUCCGACUCGUAAGCCUGGAGAGGGAGACUUUCAGAGAACUGUUAUUUUUCUUGAAGGAACUACUGUGAUGGGGCAGAACCUGUUCAUCCGGGGAGGAAUAGCACAUGAUAAGAGAGAAGGAUGCACCGGGGAGGCUUCAACUAGCGCAUGCGCAAUCACAAUAAAACAGAACAGUCUUGGAGGUUCCGCCCACUACGGGCCUUAUAGAGAUUGGGGUAGAGGAGACAACUUUUUAGAUUGGUAUGGGGUAGAAUCUACGCAAGGCAUGUAUAGCGGGGAGGCCGCAUCAGGAACGCCUUGUGCCUGGACAACCAAUGACGUCACGCAUGAUGGACAUCAACCUCUCAAUGUCUACGGAGAGCACUACUGGAUGACUGAUCUAAACAUGGACUGCUCGGAGACUGAAGACGGUUGGUUUGAGUUGAAAGGCUACAUAACAAAUUCUGACAACAAUUGGGAAGGAAAUAUUGAGCAGGUUGACAGUUGCGAGGGAGCUGCAAGUGGAUCCCGGCCAUAUAGCAUGGGCAAUCACAUGGCCCGGUGUGGUUACAUAAAUGUGUUCAGAUGGAAUGACAAUGGAUGUCGCAUUGAAACAUUUAGCUGAUUCGUUACCAUGUUAACUCCGUGUUUGUCAUAUCAUGAUAAACGAGAUACACCCCUCCCCAAAAAUUGGGGAAUAAGGAUUGCCAAGCUUUUGGAGGAGAGUGUAUGUUGUCUCCACCCAUGUUCAGUUGUGAAAAACAAUAAUUAAAUUUGGACUUCCAUAUUUAUAUUAUCCAAAUAUUUAUAUUUGCUCAAAAGUGAAAAAAAUAUUAAUACCGAGAAAUAUAUUAUAACUGUUAUAUG